AUGAUCAACUCGCGCCAGAUCACCCAUGAGGGCGGUAUCAUGCGGCAUGAUCAUGGGGGCUGGUUCAUCGAGACCAGACCUGAAGACCAUGCCAAAGGCAGCAUCUUUCUGCCCCCGGUUGGCACUGCUUCACUGCUCGAGUGCGAACGAUGUUUCCGGGUGUUCGAUUACAAGAUGCGCCCUGUUUUUCUUUCCGGUGGCCCUGCAGGGUAUCAGACGUUUCAGGCGUCUUUUGCUCUUUGCCCUUUCAACAAGGACGGCCGGUGCCAUGAAGGUCGAGGAAAUUCAUGGAAGAUGCAUCAAUCGGGCAUCGAAGUCGGAUACCACGGAACUGCCAAAAAGACAAUCAAAGCUUUGAGCCUUCUGGACCCUAAUCAGUUGAUCCGCUCUGUCUUUGGCGACCACUCGUACUUUCACGGCGAGAAUGAGCUUCUUACGGCUUACAAAGCUCUUCGCAUCAUCUGGAUCCGUGCUUUUCCAGCACUCCGCCCAAAUCUUCCCGAAGAAAAACCAGAUGAUCAAUCCAAAGACGCCCCGGCAAGCUAUGACCAGGCAGAAGUCGAUCAGGCAAACUCGUCCGGCUCCAACUCUCCUCCUCUAGUCUACCAUGAGGUGUCUCAAGGCCCAAAACCAGAUGCGCCAAAGCCUCAGCAGCAGAGCGGACACACUGCCGACCCAGAACCCGUCGAGCUCUUCCAUCAAUUCGGCAGUGUCAAACUGUGGGGAGAGAUUGACUGUGAUCUCAAGCUGUUGGCGGCCAAUCCUGGCCUCCUCGAAGAAAAGCACCUUGUUCAAGUAUACGGCAUGAGCGCACCGGCGCUGCGAUACAUGCGCCUCAAAAAUUGGCUGCACGAGAUGGAGUGGCUCAACGCGUACGUGGGCCUCCGUCACCGCGUCCACAACGACCACUACAUGCUGAUGCGCACCGCAUGCCAGCGCACCAGCACCGCGAUGGAUCGAGUCCUGCAGGCGGUGGCCAUGGGCGCCCGGAUCCUUCCCGAGGCCGAAAAGACGUACGCCCACGUCGGUCGGCGCUUCCACGAGCUCCUGAGCGCCUUGUGCGCCGACAUGGAGGUCGCGCGCGCGGGACUCCGUGCCAUUGACCAGCCACUGCGUGCAGACUUGUGGAAGAAGAUGUCGAGGGUUUGGGCAGGAAGACGUGUGGACCCGCUGCUCGUCACUUGA